CUGGACUCUGAGCUGUCAGACUCUGGGUCUGAAACUGGAGAUGAAGAUGAUGACUGGAAUGAGAGCAGGUCUUCUGAGUCAGAUGAGGCGGAGCAUGGCAACCUUCGACCUGCACACAUUUGUGGCGGUUUCUUCGCACCGGCUUCUGGAGAGUUGCCGCAAAGCUGAUCUGCAGCAGGUUGCCGCCCAUUUCAGUCUCCCCCUUCCGAAGCAGCUCACCAAGGUUGCUCUUCGAAAAUUGGUGGUGGACUAUUUGGAGACCCAGGGAAUCCUCCCUUCGCCGUCCCCUCUUGGUGUGUCUCCGCCACCCUCAGAUGAGAAAACGGGCCGGCUCGAUCAUAAGAGGGAGACCCUCGAUUCAGCUCCGCCUUCUUCCGCUGAAUGUUCAUCGCAGGAAUCUGAUUCGUCUGGAGCAAGUCCUCUCCAUUCACCACUAACCGGAGCUCGGAUAAAGCUACGCUUGGCUCGCCUGAAGAUCCAGGCAGAGGAGAGAGCUCAUGAGCGACGCCAUGAACUGGGUUUGAAACGUAUGGACACCAAGGUUCGCCUCCGGCAGCUCGAGCUACAAUUAGCCACUGUGAAAGCUACUUCCUCCGUGAGCUACCCCUUCACCGCUGAUCACCCAGCGGCCUCGUCUCCGUCUCAGCCUGGACUGUCCCGAGAAGCCAUGUCUCCUUCGGCUGCCACCUCGUUGCCGCCCGCAUUUGAUGUCUCCAAGUGUAUUUCGCUUCUUCCGCCCUUCCGAGAGACUGAAGUGAAUGGGUAUUUUCCUGCUUUCAAGCGGAUUGCGGUGACUCUCCAGUGGCCUCGUGAGGUGUGGUCGUUGCUUUUGCAGUGCAGACUCUCAGUUGCUCAAAAUCUCACCCGACCUUUCAAGCUGGAAGACUACGCCAGCCAAGAAGAGGCUGGAGCUGUCCUCAUCCUGGAGGAUGACACCGGGCUUGAUCCAUUUGCUGCUCCUCUUGGAAAUUCAACCGAGCGCUCCUGCUCUCUUCAACCUUUACUCGACCCUCUAGACUGGCCAGCGGCUGAUGUGUUGGGCCCUCCUUCUCCAGGAAGCCAACCCGGAGAUUCGCCACGAGAAGGGCUCUGUCAACCUCAUCAUGACCUCUUCGUUAUGCAGUUUAAUAAUGAGGCUCCCUUAAUUCGUUUCGGGACAAUUUUCAGGAACGGAAAAUAAAAUCACCCAAACCACUGAAUAGAAACAGGCCUGUUGCUGCCUCAUCUGACAGACGGGAAUGUUUUUAUUGGCGCGAGCCGGGCCACCUGAUUGCGGUGUGUCCCGUUCUUAAACAGAAGGAAGAAAGACGAGAAAAGUCACCUGACGGUGUCGGGUUGAUUAAGCCCGUUCCUCAGCCUAAAGAAGAACCCAACACCAGCAGACUCAGUGCUCCAAUCCAACAGCCUGAAGAGACAUCAUCAUCAGCUUCAACAGAUGUCUGUGAACAUGUAUGAGCUGCUGGCCCCAUGGAUCCUGCUGACUGGUCACAGCAGUUGAACAAAAUGGAAAGUAGAACUUUCUUUAUGAUGACACUUUGAUGUUUGAGUUUUGCUUUUGAUUGCACAGUUGUUGAUUUUGCAUCCCCCCCAAUGACAUUUGCACAACAUUUUGAGUUGUUGGCUAUUGUAAUAUUCUCAGGUUACUUAUCUUUCAAGCUUACAUUUAUUCUUCAGGCUGUUGACUUUAAAGAGUUGCUGUGUGAAUAUUUAAAAUAAAAAAUUAGUAACUAAGGAGUAACUGUGGAGUUGCUUUUUCCAAUGUGUGGACUUGGGUUUGGGUGAGAGGCGGGGCAGGGGGCAAAUGGGCACUCUCGCCUUGGGCACCAAAUUACCCAGAGCCGGCCCUGGCCCUGGACAUAGUAACGCACAACCUUCCAUCCCCAGUAACGGUAAUGGCGUUGCAACAGUGGGAAACGUAAUUUAUUUGAUUAUUCCAUUACGUAUAAAAGAACGCCGUUAGAAACGCCGUUAUACUUAAACGGAGUUACUCCCAACACUGGUCCUGACAGCGGAGGUCUGCAGCCAGGUGCUUUUGGAGAGAGGAACAAAAAACAUUACGACAAAUAUUUUGUCUGAAAAACCACCAGCGGAAGUCAUGUAUGAGAGCCAGGUGUGUUUUAUUCUGCUCCAGCAGGUGGCGGUAGUGCACAUUUACGCGGGUCAUUGACCACCGGAAGAAGCAGAAACCGGAAGCUGCUAGCAGAGCUAGCUUGUUGUUCUGGUGUGUGAGGAGAAUAUUUGAGGCUCUGCAGUAAAAAUGUCUUCACUUCAGUCUCUGGGAGAGUUGAUCAGCUAAAGCGACUAACUGCUGCUGCUGCAGAAAUCUUCUCACCAGGCUGUGGAAACUUUCUUCUCCUCCUCAACAACUUGGUGGAGUUCUUUCCAGAACCAGAGAAGAUAUUCUGCGGUCUUCGUGACAAUCGGAGCUCCAGAAUCAGGUUGUGGGUGAGAAAAGCUUUUCUCUAGACUUCCUGCCCUCUGGAUCUGCUGCUGUUCCUUUGGCCAGAACCAAAGCGUUGGAUCUUUAAUCUCCUGCGUUGUUCUGAAGCAGCAUCUUAAUCAGCUCUCCUGCUUUGUUUCUAUUGCAGCUGUUAGCUAAACACGGCUAAAGAAAACCUGCUACCACUUCAGGAUCAUCCAUCAGCUGGGACUGAUUCAUCGUGUGUUCUUCACCACCUGGACCUGGACAGCAUGGACACAGGUACUGGUGGAUGAAUGAAUAUAUUGUCAGUCUAUUGUAACCCUGGCGUCAGAUGAAGUUACCACUUAUUCAAAAAAAAAUAAUAAAUAGGCCAGACUCUAGGUCCAACAGGAUUACCUUACAAAUUACCAGUGAGUGGGAAAUGGAAUAGCUGGAUCCAAAGAAUGAGCAAAAGAACACAGUUGCACCAGAUUUGUAAUUUUAUAUAGAAAUAUGAAAAUAGAACAAAAAAUACAGCAGCUGCAAUAGACAUAUAAUUAAACAAUUAGGCCUUUCCCCCUAUAUCAGUAAACCUAGUCAGGUUGAGCUCAAAGUCAGUCUUCUAUUUGGUCGUAGUCUAGUCAAAAAGAAAGUCUCCUCGGUCUUGUAAAACUCAGGUUCAGUGGUCUGAGUGGUUACCACUGGAAUGUUGGCUCAGUAUAGAAGAAUGAUGUUCUCCUGAUCGGGAUUCAGUUCAGUUCGGGCACAGGCUCGCCAUCUCCAUCCGGAGAGAAUCCAGGACUCCAAUCCACUUCAGUCUCGUACCGAGCAUAAAAACCUAGCCUGCACAACAAUAAUGCAAUUAUUGUUUACAGCUAAAUAAAAUUCUCUUCUCUUAUUCUCACAGCUAUAGCUUUUACGAUCUUUUCUUUCUUCAUCCUUCAAAUUACCAUAGUAACAAUUUACAUGCAUGUACAUUUCUUUUCUCAAGAUACAUUUUGGCAAUACAUGAAACAGUUUUUAACUCAUGUAACUAAUAGUUUGAAUCUUUUAGUAGAAGAAAGAAAGUAGCUGAGGGGGGUCAGAAAUUUUGCCAGAUUAAAGCCUGGUUUAUGCUUCUCCGUCUGCGUCAGUUCGGAGACACGCAACGUCCUUGCUUAGGGCUCCGGCAGGCACGCAAGUACGUACGGAGUCAAGCCCACUUUUUUAAACAUCCGUCAAACGAGACGGAUUACGCAAGCUUGUGAUUGGUCAGGACGCCGCUGUUGUUUACAGCGCCGUCAUUGCAAAGAGAGCCGAGUUUAACUAGCGGCAGACACGGAGAAGCUUGAAGAAUACCUCGCGAAAAAACUCUAAAAAUAUGAGCGUUUAAUUCUCCCGUGACUGGAGGAGUGAAAAGAUGCGCAGCAAGCGUUUUAUUUGUGGACGGAAAUGACAGGAAACGUGGGUUUAGAGUUGGGGAGCGCAUGAAGCGGUGGGAGAAUGAGAGACAAAUAUGUCCGUGUUAAAAGUCUCUUAUAUACACAAAAAACACAAUAUAAACACACUAUCUUGGACCGAUACAUGACAGGAUACCACAGAGCAGCGCUACGCCCUCUGUUGUCCUGCAGGGCAAUUGCUUUGCAACACUCUCCAGGAGACGGAGAAGUAUGAGAGCAAAACGCUUCCGUCAAUCCGUGCGUGUCUGUCCCUUGCGGAGCUGACGGAGAAGCGUAAACCAGGCUUUAGUCGCUAGGCGCUAUUUUGAAGAAAAAAAAAAUUCGUUAAGGGGGUCUGAAAAGUUGUUGGAAAUGGCGACAAAGUUGCUAACUUGGCAACACUGCAAGCUGUAAAAACGCACAUGCUCAUUGCUCGCUCCCGCGGUGCGCACAAACACAGUUCAAUUUAAUUCAAUUUUAUUUAUAUAGCGCCAAAUCACAACAAGUCAUCUCAAGGCACUUCACAUAAUAAACAUUCCAAUUCAGGUCAGUUCAUUAAGCCAAUCAGAAAAAAAUGUUUCCUAUAUAAGGAACCCAGCAAAUUGCAUCAUUUACAGCAAUCCUCAUACUAAGCAAGCAUAUAGCGGCAGUGGAGAGGAAAACUCCCUUUUAACAGGAAGAAACCUCCAGAGUAUAAGUAUAAGCAGAAGAAAACGGAGCAGACACACACGCACGCACACACACACACACACACACACAAAGCAAUGUGUCUAUGGUUACAUUGUGAUUGCUUAGUAAAUAUUCUAUUUGGCGAGAGAUAAACUUUAUUGUAUUUAUCCUAGUGGAUCUAUGAUUAAAGGUGUUCCCUGGCCAGGCAAGAGACGUAGUCCCUCCCUGGGUCUCCUACCGGUUGGACGUGCCUGGAAAACCUCACCAGGGAGGCGUCCAGAAGGCAUUUUAAUAAGAUGCCUGUCAAGAUGGCACCGUCCACGGCCUGCCGUCUGCUCUUCCGACUGUUGUUUUUGCUUUUUAUUUUCCUGUGUUGCUCUUUGGUGGGUAGUAGCUCAAAUUUUCGCUAUGAUCGCCUCACCCUUCUUGAACUUCGGCAUAAACUUGGAUUUGCCUAUCACCUCUGUUUGGAUCUAAGAUGGUCCUUCGCCCCGCUGUUUACGGCGGUCCCAGCUCUGCUGCUUCGCUCUCCCCGCCUGGCGUGGCUACCAAGGAAACGCCGCAGACGUGGCAAACGCGGGGGUUCCAAAGUGCGGCUCAGAGCCUCCUCCGGCCGUUCGUGCAUGGGACGUAAACCUCACCUGUCACCAGAGUUGAUACAUGGAGAUCUUCGGACCUUCCGCAUUCCAUCGCUCUGUCGAAGAUUCUUUGGGGAAUCCGGAAUGCCUCAACCACCAACCCAUGGAUGCACCGGGGCGUCAACCAAGCUAACCUUUGCUAUCCUACGGUGGCCCAAGCGGCCCAGUCACCCCGGUCAGCUGAUUAGGGUCUUCCACCGAUCUUCAGGGUAGCUCUCCUAAACGCCCAGUCAAUUGGGAAUAAAACCCUCAUUUUAAGGUAUUAUUUUUUCCAGCAUGAGGUGACAUUGUUCUGCAUGAACGAGACCUGGGUUCUUCCUGGUGAGUCAGCUGCUCUGUCAGAGCUCUGUUCUUCAGACUGUCAGGUUCUGAACGAGCCCAGGCUCACUGGUCGUGGUGGUGGAUUACUAACCAUGUUCAGAUCCUCUUUCCAUCCUAAAAAACUUACUACACCAGUGACUCCAGCCAGCUUUGAGUUUAUGGCUUUUGAGGUGGACUUUAGUCCUCCACUGCUGUUUAUUCUCUGCUAUCGCCCACCUAAGUACAAUUCAAACUUUUUAUCGGAAUUUUCUGAUCUUUCAACAGACUUUCAUCCAAAAUAUGACCGUGGGAUUAUUCUUGGUGAUUUUAAUAUACAUGUUUGCUGCCCUGACAAACCUCUUGUUGGUGGCUUUUUAGAAAUUUUAGAUUGUUUUGGUCUCCAGCAACAGGUCCAGUCACCCACCCAUUCAGGAUCGCACAUUUUAGACUUGGUUUUGUCAUUUGGGAUCUGUAUCUCUGAACUGAUUGUUGACUCUGCAUGUAUCUCUGAUCAUUCUCCUCUUAUUUUUAAUAUCUGUGGCUUGACACCUCCAUCCACUAGGCAACAUAAUCAACACCUUACAAGAAUAAUUUCCCCUUUCACCACCAAUCUAUUAGCAUCUAGCCUAGCUGCGACUCUAUCCACUUCCCAACCUGAUUCCACCUGUGUAGGAGCUGAGGAGCUGCUGACCUCUUUCAACUCUACCUGCUCAACUGUUUUAAAUGCAGUCGCUCCUCUAAAAUCCAGGCAUAAAAAAAACUGUUCCUCCAGCAGUCUAAGCCUAUAGCAGCAUAACUACAGAGAUAACUCUGGAUAACCUAGCCUUUUUAGAUGGAGGCAUGUUGGAGGCAGAGCAAGGGAGAGCCGUCUUUACCGACUGUACACUCCACCUCCCUCUACUCCCCCACUUGUCCAGAUCCAGGCUAACAUCUGAUUUUAACCAUAGGCCCUAUCAAAUAAAAAUGUUUUAAGCCUAUUCUUAAAAGUAGACAAGGUGUCUGCCUCACGGACUAAGGCUGGGAGCUGGUUCCACAGGAGAGGAGCCUGAUAACUAAAAGAUCUGCUCCCCAUCCUAAUUUUAGAUAUUCUGGGCAAGGGCGUAGGAACCGGGGGGGACGGGUAGGACAUGUCCCCUCCAAUAUUGGACAAACGCGCAUUUGUCUCCCCCAAUAACAUGGAGAAGAAAAAAAUUGAUUUUGAAAUAUUUGAUUCACGAGAUUUUAUUUUGAAAGACACUACAGACUUCUCACUGACACAGCCCCUCCCCUCAGGCAGUUAGACAGGCUGGCUGAGUGAAGCGGGAGUCAGAGCCGGGAUGACAGCAGCUCUGCGAGUUCUUCUCAUGGGCAAAAAAAGAAAGAAAGGAAAUGUGAGUUGGUAAUAAUUUAGUCCAAGAGGAUAAUUGUAUUUCUGGUCAAACGCUAGACUGGCUGACUAACGUAAACAUCUUGCUAGGCAGCAUUAAACAUUAAACAACUCUGCUAGUCAACAAAAAAUGGUGAACUUGACACGAUUUGACAGUAACAAACAAAAACCAUUUGAAACGAAAUAAAUAAAAAAGUAGAAUCUCCACAUAAAAAUGGAAUUUGUAAGUGUGAUUGUUGCUUGUUUGUGACAUUCUCAUCACAUUUCAUUUUUUAAACCUUAUUCAUGUCACUCUUUUCAUAUAAGAGACCAGAGGAAGUUCAGCAGGAAAAUGAUGAAGAAGGUGAGACAGGCAGCACCAGACCUGCUGAGGGUGAGACCCUCAGCAGGUCUGGUGCUCCCUGUCUCACCCUCAGCAGGUCUGGUGCUCCCUGUCUCACCCUCAGCAGGUCUGGUGCUCCCUGUCUCACCCUCAGCAGGUCUGGUGCUCCUUGUCUCACCCUCAGCAGGUCUGGUGCUCCCUGUCUCACCCUCAGCAGGUCUGGUGCUGCCUGUCUCACCUUCUUCAUCAUUUUCCUGCUGAACUUCCUCUGGUCUCUUAUAUGAAAAGAGUGACAUGAAUAAGGUUUAAAAAAUGAAAUGUGAUGAGAAUGUCACAAACAAGCAACAAUCACACUUACAAAUUCCAUUUUCAUGUGGAGAUUCUACUUUUUUAUUUAUUUCGUGUCAAAUGGUUUUUGUCUGUUACUGUCAAAUCGUGUCAAGUUCACCAUUUUUUGUUGACUAGCAGUGUUGUUUAAUGUUUAAUGCUGCCUAGCAAGAUGUUUACGUUAGUCAGCCAGUCUAGCGUUUGACCAGAAAUACAAUUAUCCUCUUGGACUAAAUUAUUACCAACUCACAUUUCCUUUCUUUCUUUUUUUGCCCAUGACAGGGGUGGACAUUAACUUCAAAACCAACCGGCCAGCCGGGCCGGUAACUCUGAAUAUUUACCGACCCCGCCAAGAAACUACCGGCCCCGCUGGUCAGCCGCCAAAACGAGUCUAAAUAACAACUGAACCGUUUUAAAUGUAAUAAACCUUUAUUUUGUACACAUUCACAAACAUAAUAACGUAUUCAAGUUUGAAUUUGUUUGUUCCCUCAACAAAACACUAUUUUGUCGUCGCAUACUUCCGGCAUACAACGCAGUACAUCACCAACUCCGCUUUGCUGUACUCGAGCCAUCGGCUGUGUUCGAGAUUAGCCAGUUCUGCGCAGAUUAGACCAGCAGUGAUCAGCGAGCAGUGCAUGCCGGUUAGAUUUGUGUCCGAAUUGACGCCGACUUGCUCUGACGUCAUGCAUACGUAGGCAACGAUAACCUCGUGAGAUCAAGGCGGCCGCAGAUUUUGGAGCAAGGCGCUGCAGUUGCUCUCCCUUGGCUGCAAAACCUAGAGGAUGACGGGAAACGCCUGGCUCUCACCUGAUCUAAGAUCUGAUUGGUUCAUAUUUUGAUCCAAACAUCCGGUGGUAGAACAUGAAAUGUUAGUUGGUCACAUGUAUUCUGUAAAUCAUGUUACGUUGAUGAUAACAACAAUAUAGGCCAUAAAGAGAAAUGUGUUUUGUUUUCUUUUGUCACGUUUCCUAUGAGCACACUGAACCUACAGCUGUUAACCUUUACUUAUUAUUACACUCAUGUCUCCAUAUACAAUAUAUGAUAUCCACAAGCACCUGAGGAUGUGUUUCAGCUGCUAACAGGCACCAGAAUUAAAAUUGAAAAUUGAACAAGUGUGAAUGCUAACGCGAUAUCUUCAGCCAUCGUCACCCCGAGCUACACAUGCAGGGAAAUCCAAGAGAUUCAACUGGCAGAAACAACUGGUUCACACCAUAGUCUCUCUCUCUCUCACUCACUCACUCUCUCACUCUCUCACACACACACACACGUAGAGGAAAAGAGCUGAGGAAAUUGAGGACACCAGGUAGUUAAAAGAAAAACCACAGCGGAGCCGAGGCGCGCCUCGAAUGGGGCGCGUCUGAUCUGAACUGAGGAGCAGCGAGCAGCGGCCGGACUUCGUGAGCGAUUCGCUUCGGGCUUUUCCGCGGCCGGUGUGUCCCCGGUGAAACGCCGGCUUUCAGCCACUCCCCCCGCUGCUUCCGUCUUCUCUCGUCUGUUUUCCAGGCGAGGCGCUGCUCAACUCGAACACGGCCAUUCUCUGCGCCUCCCGUCUUCUUUAAACCGCCAAGAAUCAUUCCACCUACGCACACGCUUCUCUGCUUCAUACCGUUUCGAACUGUCUCGCUUCUCCUCACCAGUUUUAAAGUGUUUUGCCGGAGAUUUCAUCAAGAAAUCCCAUCCCUGUGGUGGCGCGAUCUUCCUGCGUGCUUGUGUGUUUCUAGCGUGGUUCCACUUCGUCUUUAAUAGUGAACUUAUAGUUCACGUGACUAUAACUAAUCGUGCAGUACGUGCACGAAUCGUACAAGUGCAGUAGGUGGCUAGAGGCGCGCAGGUUCACGCGCGCGAAACGAAAACGGCAGCUUCCUACAGGGCGGGGCCAUGAUGUAGGCGAAAGCCGGUGUGUAAAUGACAAAUAAAGCUUGGGCGCCACCCGGGCGGUAAGUCGUCAAGUAUUUACCGCCCGACGAGAAAAUUUAGCGCCAUUGGCGCUCGGGCACUUUAACGGUCCACCCCUGCAUGAGAAGAACUCGCAGAGCUGCUGUUGUCCCGGCUCUGACUCCCGCUUCACUCAGCCAGCCUGUCUAACUGCCUGAGGGGAGGGGCUUUGUCAGUGAGAAGUCUGCAGUGCCAGAGAGAGCCAGACCUGCUGAGGGUGAGACAGGCAGAGCCAGACCUGCUGAGCUGCAGGCAGGUGCUACAAUGAAGAGUGAGGUUUUAGAUGGUUGAUGAUGAGAGGAAGAUUCGAUAACAAGUGAACACGACUAAAUAAAACUGUAACAACCAUGAUUUUAACGUUGCACUAGGAAAACGACCGGUUCGGCUGGCUCCGGUGAAGUGGAGACGGUCAUACUGGGAAGUUUCGGUAAUGGAAACACACCAGUUAGUGCCUGGCUGGUUUAUAAAAGACACCCGUUCCUCCUUUUGGUGUGAGGAUGCCAGCUGGUCCUGUUCCACUGCAGAUAGCUCAUCAGUACUUAAUACAAGUUGUUUAUUGUGUAUCUACGUUGGUGUUAGUUUGGGAUGUUCUGAUCAUACCAGCAACACCUGUGUGAACCCUGUGUGCAGCACUUGGGGUUCUUCCCCUUUUCCUUCAUGCUGUGCAGGACAGCAGCAACAAUGUAAAACAACAUGUCCGCCUAACUUUAACUCCGUCUGCGAGAGUGAUGUAAGCUUUGAGUCCUGCAAUGAAAAGCUUCAGCUCCUGGGGAAGCUGAUUACAGCUGGUUUAAUACGACGUAAAGAACAAAGUCUGGGUGGAGUGAGGUGAGUUUCCAGGGAUCGGUGCAGAGAUCAACACCUCCCAGUCAGACGCAGCUACGCUCACCAACACCCGUCUGUAUGAGCGUCAGAAGGCUCAGCUAAUAACCGGACCAUAAGGAAGUUCAUGAUGCUGGAAGAGCAGCCUUUCUCUGUGGUGGAAGAAGAACCAAGUUUAUUCAUACAGCACGUGUCCCAGACCGAGGUCACGAAAGGAAUCACAAUAAAACGCUGAAAAAUAAUACAAUGAGUAGAAAACAACAGGCUCCGCCCACUGCUCAGUCACUAAGUAACCCACUACUAAUAAUAAUAAUAACAAUAAAUCUCCCAAAAUGCUAAUUAGUAAGAUUCCUUUGCUUUGUAGUGCUCUAGCCUGCUGAGAGCUUAAAAGUGAAAGAUUGUUACUGACAGCAGCUACAUCUAAGUGUUUAUUCAUUUUCCUUUUGACUGAAUAGUUGCUGAUUUUAUCUUGGAGACGUUUCUCCUCACAUCAGCUUCAGAUCUAAAGCUUGGGUUGUGAGUAGGAGGCUUAGAAGUUCUGGUCAGAAACAAACACGCUGAUUGUGAUGGAAGUUUUUAUUGUUCCUAAAGUAGAAAUCAGUUUUUAUCUAAAUGAAGUUCAUGUUCUUGUUCCUUUUUCCCACAUCAUGUAGCCAGUAUCACUCAUGGUGUACAUAUAAAGGUAUGGUGGUCUGUAACAUCAUGUGUCUGUGUUUCCUACAGAUGUUCCACAGCUGGUGCUGGUUAAAGAAGAAGCUCCUGAAGAACAGAGUGCUGGUGUGGACCAGCAGGACCCAGAACACCUCCACAUAAAGGAGGAACAGGAGGAGCUCUGGACCAGUCUGGAGGGAGAGCAUCUCUGUUUGAAGGAGGAGACUGAAGCUGUCGGGUUUCCUGUUACUGCUGUUUCUAUAAAGAGUGAGGAUGAUGAAGAGAAACCUCUGGUCUCACAGCUUCAUCAGCAGCAAAUAGAAGACAGAGAUGUUCCAACCAGCAGCUCAGCUGACCAGAUGGCAGCAGAAACUGGUGGAGGAGCAGGAACUAGCAGGAACCCAGAUCUGAACCCUCAUGAACAAACAUCUGAUUCUUCAGAGACUGAAGUUAGUGGAGAUGAUGAUGAUGAUGAUGAUGAUGAUGGUGUGAAUCAGGACUCUGAGCUGUCAGACUCUGGGUCUGAAACUGGAGAUGAAGAUGAUGACUGGAAUGAGAGCAGGUCUUCUGAGUCAGAUGGUAAGUCUGUCAACAAGUUCUUCACAAGUGGUCUCUCCAGAGACACGUGAGGGAGACAAGUCAUCCAGCAAUAAGGUCUUCAGGCUGUUUGGUUCAUAAGAAAUGUGUUAGAGUGAAGCAACAUGUAGACUCGUGCAGGAAAGUCCAGAAGAAACCUAAAUCAUUUAGUCAUGAUGAGUGUGGAGAAAGGUUUACUACAAAUGUAAAUAAACAAAUCACAUGAGAGUCCACACAUAGCAGCUGCUGUUCCAGAGUAUGGGCCAGCCUCAUCCCACCCAUACUCUGCUUCUGGCCGCUAACAAGAUGGCGCCUGUGUUUGGAAUAGCCACAGGUCCGUUUCCACAUUCCCGCCUGGCCACGGGGCAGCGCUGUGUCUCCGUCCAUGUUUCCUCGGGUCUGUUUAUCCUGGUUCUUCAGUGGUUUCCCUUCCUGUUCCCUCCAUGAGUGGACUUUACACACCGUGGAUCUGACCUGCUAACUCCAGCUGUUUCUGCUUCUGGCAGGAUCCUGGUGUAGGUACCCAGGAGUCCAGAUGCUGCAGGAUGAAGUGUAGAGCCAUGCUGAUGGUGUAACGUGAUGGAAGUGGUUACUUUUACUGAAUGAUCAAUAAGAUGUGAUAUUCCAUCUAAUUAUAAAUGAUCAAUCUUAUUGGUCUUUGAAUAUUUGAUUUAAUACGACCUUAGGAACACACACUUCAUAUUAAUUCAGACAGAGUCAAGAAUAUAGUUUAUAAAAAUUAGUUUAAUUCUAUAUUUCUAAACUAAUGAUUACAUGACUGUUAGGGAUUUUAUCAAUAACCCAAUACCUGCAGCUGGAGAGAGAGGAGAGACAACAAGCAGACAAGUCACCAAACUGCAAUCAGGGGCAGAAGCUCAAGGCAACGGCCCCGAGUUUCUGCUCUCAGAGUUCAUUUAUAACAAAGAUAAGUGUGUGUUUGUGUGUGUGUGUGUGUGUGUGUGUGUGUGUGUGUGUGUGUGUGUGUGUGUGUGUGUGUGUGUGUGUGUGUGUGUGUGUGUGUGUGUGUGCUUUCAGGCAUAGAAUAAUACAUUCAGUUAAUAAUAAACAUAACAU